CAUGCGCUCCGGGCCGUGGAGCGACCCGUGCCAGCCCCGGUCCGUGGACAUGGAGGGAGACACCGGAUCAGGGGUCCCGGCGCUGUCGGGCGCGGAUGGAGCGGGCCAGGGCCAAAGCCUGGGCCCGGGCCCGGCCGAUGAGGACCGGGACAUGGAAGGGGCCCCCAGCUGCUCAGGGUCGCGUUCCGUCCCCUUCGAGUUUGAGCGGGGUCGCUCGGAGUCCAGCGGCGAUGAGGACGACGACGACGAAGACGACGAGGAAGAGGAGGUGGAGGAGGAGGAGGAGGAGAUGGAGGGCGACACCAGGGCUCGGUUCGGAACGGAUGACGGGGAUCUCGACUCGGACGACGACCGGGAGCGUAUGAUAAACCUCGCAGAGCUGACCCCCUACAUCCUGUGUUCCAUCUGCAAAGGUUACUUUAUCGAUGCUACAACUAUUACAGAAUGUCUGCACACCUUUUGUAAAAGCUGCAUUGUGAGACACUUCUACUAUAGCAACAGAUGUCCAAAGUGCAAUAUUGUUGUACAUCAGACACAGCCCCUCUAUAAUAUCAGACUGGACCGACAGCUGCAAGAUAUAGUCUAUAAAUUAGUAGUCAAUCUGGAGGAAAGAGAGAAAAAACAAAUGCAUGACUUCUAUAAAGAAAGAGGAUUGGAAGUGCCCAAACCAGCUGUCCCACAGCCAGUUCCACCGACCAGAGGAAGACCUCGAAAGGUUCUGGGCUCAGUGUUCCGGAUCCCACCAGAACUUGACAUUUCCAUACUUCUGGAGUUUAUUGGAGCUAAUGAAGGCGCAGGGAAUUUUAAGCCUUUGGAAAAGAAGUUUGUGCGUGUUUCCGGGGAGGCAACGAUUGGACAUGUGGAGAAAUUCCUCAGAAGAAAAAUGGACCUAGACCCUGCUUGUCAGGUGGAUAUAAUAUGUGGUGAUCACCUGCUGGAGCACUACCAGACACUGAGGGAAAUUCGUCAAGUCAUAGGAGAGAGUGCAAUACAGGAUGGUCUACUUGUACUGCACUAUGGCUUGGUGGUAUCUCCACUAACUUAAAGGUGUCUGGAAUAUCAGAAGGCAAAAGAAUCUAAAGUCAUGGAGCUUCUUCACUGCUGUUUCUCACCAAAGAAGCCAUUGCAUUUCCUGUGGCAGGAAGCGAGUGAAAGGAACCACCACUAACUGCUGUGUGCUUGUAACGUAACAUCUGACUUUACCACUGUAAAAAAUUGCAGCUUCUGUAAGUACAGCUGUAGGUGUUGCUAUGCUUCAUGUUACAAAUUGCUGUCUUCAAAUUUCACUCAGCUCAGGGAAACUAAAUGCUCAAAGUAGCUAAUUUUUUUUUUUACUUUCUAAAACCACAAGAUUUCACAGGGUGAACAGCCUUUUUUCUUCUAAGCUCUGAGAUUUCUCUUGCUGACUAAGUGUCUAGCUAGAACAGUGCUCUCAGGGAUGAUCUUCAAUGAGUAGUAUAAUUUGUUUUGGGGAAGAGACACUCAUUUGCCUAAAUAAAGAAUACUGUGAUCAUCUGUCUUUGGAUGUGAUUUGGGGAGAGGAAGGAAACUU